GCCAUAGGAUAGGGCUGAUUAAUAAAUAAAUCAGUUGAAAAAUACUGACAAAGUAGUAGGUAUGCUGUAUUAACAACGGGUUAAAAUCCAAAUAUGCAGAAUAAGUCACAAAUAUAUAGUAAUAGCAAUAACACCAAAUCGAGAAGCAAACAUCCGAAACGAUGUUCUCUAAUCAUUUAUCAUAUCAGUACAGUGAUGCUAUUCAUAGGCAUUAUUGUUACAAUAAUUGGAUUAGCUACAAGCAGACUAUUUCAUGUUUAUAUUUAUGAUCAUCGUAAUCCAGCAAAAUUUCAUCAUGUACACAUACCAGUGGGUUUAUUUUCAAUUAGUACACAUGUUACAUGGUUAUCUAUGGAAAAGGCUGUUUUGCCGUAUAAUCUUGAAAUUAGUGAUUCACGUUGGACACUGGCUGGAACAAUGAGUUUAAUUGGUCUAUUAACAGCUAUUGGAGCUUUUAUUGUUCAUAUCAUUAUGACACGGUGUAAAGCUAAUCAUAAAUGGUCGAAUGUACUCAUUGAAGUUUUAUUACUUCUAGCAGCGGUUAUGUGUAUUUUAGUUGGAUUAAGUUUAGCUGAAACAGAAAUUGAAUACAUUCAUGAUCAUGGAGAUGCAGAUUUAACCCAAAUGUUACUGUCUAACAGAUUAUUGGGAACAAAACCACCGCCAUCGUCAUCAUCAGGAGCAGUAGCGGCAGCGGCAGUGGGAGAUGGAUAUACAAAUCAGCUCAAUAAAAAUGAUAAUAAUAAUAAUAAUGCUAAUACAAUUAGUGUUAGUGAUAAUAGUGCUGUAAGCGGUAGCAGCACCACCACUGGUACCAACAGUCGUGAUACAAAUUCUGAUCUGUUAAGUUCCAAUGGAGAAUUCGCUUUAUUUCUUACUCCACCCCUGUCUAGUUUCUUUCUUUUAAUUUCAGCUAAUUUUAUCUACUUAUUAAGUUUUUUAGGCGUUCUCACCUAUUUUGUACGAUUAUGUGAAAAAGCUGAUGAAGAUAGAAAACAUAUGAGAAGUGCUGAAACAAGUCGGGCUUAAAUACCUUAAAACAAAGUCUGUUUUUUCUCAUGUUAAAUAGGUUUAGUGUGUUUACCUAUGUGUGUGUGUGUGUGAUGUGCAUACACACACCCACAUCCAACAGUUUGAAGGGGAGUAUUUUGGUGUAAGAAGAGGAUACGUCGGUGUUUUUUAAAUUGUGUCUCUGUGUACUAUUGUCGACAGUCUCUUUUACAUUUCAAUAAUGCUGCCUUGAUUAUAUAUAUGCCAUAUUUCAUUACACAUUAUUGUUAUUAUUAUUAUUAUUAUUGUUAUUACUAUUACUAUUUUUGAGUAACCCCUGACAUUGGUCGUCCUCAUUAUUUUUUCGGAAUACUCCAACUGCUUAUUUCCUCAAAUAUGAAAUUCUUCUUGCUUUGUUGUAUAAUGUUGAAUAAUAGCGCCUUUGAUCAUAAUAAUAAUAAUAAUAUUGUGCAUUUUAAUCGAUAAUACAUCCCAUUCUUGUUGUUUA